CUCUUCAGGUUAGUCUGGUGCAGCGGCCUCCGCCCGUUCCCCGACCCGCAAGUGGGUCCUUUUUCUCCGCACUCCGGGGAGAGGGGCGUAGCCAGUGGACGAAAGCCAGAAGGAGGCUGCCGGCCCCCGGAGGGAGUUCGAUUCGAGCCUCUCACCGCGAAUUCCGUGGGCUCUGGGCCAAGAGACCGUGCGCGUCCCGAGCCCGCCGCCAGGGUUAGAGCGGGGGACGAGCCCUCCUCGCCCAAGCUGCUCAACGUGCUUCCGAGGACUUUGCUUCUAAAAGGAACUUUGGGUUGGCAUUUGUGGCCAGGGAACCACUCUCUUGGUUUGUGGUUUCUUGUGGAGAGACAGAAACUUCAGUAACCUUCUUUAUCUCCCAUUGAUGGCCUUAUUACUUGAGUGAGAUGCUUACUGCACGUGGAAGAGUUGUGAACUGGAAAACAAAAUGCAGUAUGGAGAGAGCCUCAGAACGAGCUAACAGCACCUCUGAGGUACACGCUGUGCUACCGAAAACGUUAAAGAGAUUGUGGCUUUCAUAUUCAUAAGUUCAUGAUGUUUCUUUUAGAGGUUUGGUCUUGCUCAAUAAUAAUAAUAAAAAGAAUAGUUAGAGUUGCAGCUUCAUUUGACAGCUUUUCCUCCUCAUCUGGGUGUACACGUGGCAAUACAGACACCUGUAAGAACAGCCCCAGUAAUGAGACUUUGGAGAGCGACUUUGUGCAAGAUAUUGUUUUCAGUGGAUCACAACUCAACUUAUUUAACCCUUAUCACAACUCUAUGAGAUAGAUCAUUUAAACCAUCCCCAUUCCACAGACGGAGAAACCGAAGCAGAAAGUUAAUACGUAGCAAGUAGCUGAGCUGAGAGAUUUAAAUUUUCACAGUUGACUCCAGUGCCCACCUCUUUAACCACCAAGCCAAACUACUUUUCAGAUUUAUUUGCAAAAAAAUUUAAUGAUUGCAUUGUAUACAAGCUUCAUUAAAGUGGAAGCCUACAAUUCCAGUGGACUCAGAAUGUACCCUGCAAGGUUUAUUAAUGAGAGCCACUCAGUACACAUGCAUGUUGCUUAGAUAUUUAUUAGAGCCUAAAGCUGGCAAAGAGAAGGUGGUAAUGAAGCUCAAGGAACUGGAGUCCAGUGUGAGCACUGGCCGUAAAUGGUUCAGACUAGGCAACGUGGUACAUGCUGUACAGGCCACUCAGCAGAGCACUCAUGCCACGGACCUGGUGCCCCGCGUAUGCCUGACGUUCGCCAACCUGAACCGUGUGGUUUACUUCAUCUGUGACACCGUCCUCUGGGUGAGGAGCGUAGGGCUCACCUCCGGCAUUAACCAAGAGAAAUGGCGAAUGUGGGCCGCACGCCACUAUUACUAUUCUGUUCUGCUGAGCCUGGUCAGGGAUCUAUACGAAAUCUCCCUGCAGAUGGAACAGGUUGCACACGACAGGGCGAAGAGGGAAAAGUCAUUAUCCCAGGAUCCUCUGGGGUACAGCGUGGCCAAGGAGGAAACAGAAUGGCUCCAGUCCUUUCUCCUCCUGUUCCGCUCUCUGAGGAAGCAUCCUCCCUUGCUCCUGGACACGGUGAAGAACUUGUGUGAUAUCCUGAGCUCUUUGGACCAGUUGGGGAUCUAUAAGUCCAAUCCUGGAGUCAUUGGACUUGGAGGACUUGUGUCCUCCAUAGCAGGCAUCAUCACUGUGGCAUGUCCUCACAUGAAGCUGAAGACCAACUGAAGUGGUUUUAGGCCGAAGACUCGUAUCUCUUGGUGGAACAGACAUUUGCAUUAGGGACAGAUCAUGUCACGCUGUGCUGAAAAACUUGUUCACGAGAACGUUUAGUGGCCUGUGAUGUGAGCAGAGGUCAGGCAAAGAAUGGAGGAGAGCGCAUGAAGGUUUAGAUAUGUUUUUUAGAGCGUCGGCAUGACUUCUGAAUUUCUGAGUAUUUUCCCUUCGUCUGACAUUUUCGAGCAUCUCUUAUGCAUAGUAGGAGCUUAGUGUUUUUUGAAUGAAUAAAAAUUGGAAAAGGCCCUAACCUGACCACAGCAGGUCUGCGGCCCUCUCUUUGCUCUGGUUCCUCUGAUCAGUUGCCAUGCCCCCUUCUUCCAUAGAUGCCAGGGCCAGGGCAGAGGGCAGCUGGGUUUCUAGCCUCUUAAAUUGCUCACCCUUACAUCACUGCAGUCCUGUCCUUCCUCUGUCCAGAAGUGAAAUCAGGAACACAUCAGGCACCUCCAUGGCAUAAAUUGUGUCUAUAGAUAGUGCAGUGAGUAAGUAAAAACCCAAAGCAAUUAGAAAGAACUCGAGGUAACAGCAGUGUGGAAGGUCGCAGUGGGUACCCGUAGGUAGCCUCCGACGGACGAGGGAACUAGGUUUAAAAAACAGGCCGGAACCUCGUGUCUCUGAUUCUCAAUCCAAUGUUCUUUCCAUGGGAUUCCACUGCCUUCCUGGUGGAUUUGAAGUGUGAGAUUCUCCAGAAUCCUACACAAAAACCUUUUGAGAAUCUUCGUUGGUCAGUGGUUUACGUUUUAUUCUACAAAAAUUGAAAUUAUAUCUAGACUUAACAGCUAGAUUGUUUCAUAUAAAUCCAUGUGACAGUUUGGGCAUUUCUACAUUAAUAUUUAUCAAAAUUUAUGCAAUUAGAAGUUUCGCAAAUGCUCUGAAUGUAGGAGGGUUGCAAUAUUCUACGAUAAGUCAGACUUCUUAUGUGUAGGGUAUAUGGAAAGAGCAGUAGGGGCUAGCGAAGGCAUUCGAAUGUCGAGUCAAAGCCAUUUGCUCAUAGUCCUGCUUCUCAUCUUGGGUGCUGGGUUCUCAUUUGGAAUUACGGAUCUCUACUUCGAGGGAAGUGCGGUAAAGAGGAGGCUGAUGUCCUGCCGGUAAAGGCAUCUCUUUUUAUCAGGGUGGAAAUGAGAAAAAUGUGCACUAAAUAAAUUUCCCAUGGGUGUGAUUGCGCUUGUUAAAAAGAAGACUCGGGUCCCUGGCUAUUUUUAACGUGGUCAGUCAAGAUACGGGAUUUGGGAAAGAAUAUUUUAGGAAUUUUAAGAGAAAUGAAAGCCGCUAGGUCAGGGCAAAUAAAGGUUUAAGUAACUACUUUUACUUUGUCCAGUCUGCUACUGUAAUAGAUUAAUUAUGUCUGAUUAAAUUUCUAGACAAAGUUGA